CCACCGCUCCAUCCCACCCGAGCAAAACCAGAGACGCAACGGAACUGUCGACUCCGUGACUCCGCGCCACAGCCCACACAGCCACAUGGGCCUCGUCACUGUCGCCGCCGCCGUCGUGCCGGGCGCGACGCCAGUGCCCCGCGCCCCGCGACCGCGACCGCGGUGGUGCCCCCGGCCCAGCCGCAGCUUCACCACACGCGCGGCCGCCGAGCCGGCGGCUGCGGCGCCCGCCCCCGUCUACGCUCCCACUCCGCGGGACCGGCCCCUGCGGACGCCGCACAGCGGUUAUCACUACGAUGGAACAGCUCGGCCCUUCUUUGAAGGAUGGUACUUCAAGGUGUCCAUCCCAGAAGUCAGGCAGAGCUUCUGUUUCAUGUACUCUGUAGAGAAUCCAUUUUUCCGUGAUGGAAUGAGUGCUUUGGACCGGAUCUUAUAUGGUCCACGGUUUACUGGGGUGGGAGCACAAAUUCUUGGUGCAGAUGACAAGUACAUAUGCCAGUUCUCUGAAAAAUCAAACAAUUUUUGGGGAAGUAGGCAUGAACUAAUGCUUGGAAAUACUUUCAUUCCCAGUAAAGGCUCAACUUCCCCAGAUGGGGAGGUUCCCCCUCAGGAGUUUUCUAAUCGUGUUUUGGAAGGCUACCAAGUCACCCCAAUUUGGCAUCAGGGCUUCAUACGUGAUGACGGAAGGUCGAAGUAUGUGCCAAAUGUCCAAACAGCUCGUUGGGAGUACAGCACUCGUCCAGUGUGUGGCUGGGGUGAUGUCACAUCUAAGCAGAAGUCCACUGCUGGUUGGCUUGCUGCUUUUCCGCUCUUUGAACCUCAUUGGCAAAUAUGUAUGGCUGGUGGCGUAUCCACAGGAUGGAUAGAAUGGGAUGGGGAACGGUUUGAAUUCGAAAAUGCUCCAUCUUAUUCAGAAAAGAACUGGGGUGGGGGUUUCCCAAGGAAGUGGUAUUGGAUCCAGUGCAAUGUCUUCUCAGGGGCAUCUGGUGAAGUUGCUUUAACUGCUGCUGGUGGAUUGAGGAAAAUUGGAUUGGGAGACACCUACGAGAGUCCUUCGCUGAUUGGCGUCCAUUACGAUGGAGUAUUCUAUGAAUUUGUGCCUUGGACUGGGACAGUAAGCUGGGACAUUGCUCCUUGGGGUCAAUGGAAGAUGUCUGGCGAGAACAAAAGUCAUUUGGUUGAAAUAGAAGCAACCACCAAAGAACCAGGCACCACUUUGCGAGCUCCAACGAUGGAGGCUGGAUUGGUACCAGCAUGCAAAGACACCUGUUAUGGUGAUCUCAAGCUGCAACUGUGGGAAAAGAGACACGAUGGUGGCAAAGGGAAGAUGAUACUCGAUACCACAAGCAACAUGGCAGCGCUGGAAGUUGGAGGAGGCCCCUGGUUCAACGAGUGGAAAGGCACAACUGUUUCGAACGAGCUUGUGAAUAGCAUUAUUGGCACGCAGGUUGAUGUGGAUAGCCUCCUGCUGAUUCCAGUUCUCAAGCCCCCCGGUCUGUAGGACUAUACACAAGGAACCAUCGAGAAGUUGAGUAAACAUGCCAUGAAGCUACUCCAGGUUUCUUUUCUCUCGACUGAGGUUUGUGUUCAGAGUGAAUUGCAUAAUUGGUUGCCUGCACAUAAAUGGUCAAGAGCAGACGACUGCUUCUCAAUGUUUUGUAGCCUUGGACGUAUGAGUCCGCUGGAUCUUAUACCUAUCAGAAAUGACAUAAUGCAAAUAAUGAAUAGUUGGAAGAGAAACAUCCUUACAUUAAAGAGUUUGUCCUGGACAAAAAUAAAGCACAAGUAUAUUUCUUGUUUA